CAGUUGCUGUCACACUCAUCAUGAACCAGUCUAACACGUCUACUCUUUGGGACCCUGCAAUUCUGAACAAAGCAGUGAUUCCCAGUGUGGUUCUGGGCCUCUGCUUCCUUAUCGGUGUCCCUGGAAAUAUUACAGUGAUCGUGGUCAUACUUCGUCAUUUCAAGCUGGAGAACUUCACCAUGAAGCUGCUGCUGAACCUGGCCGCCUCUGACAUCUUGUGCCUCAUCAGUCUGCCAAUAUGGAUCUAUGAUCUUUUUUACGGCUGGAAUUUUGGUGAGACAAGCUGCAAACUGAUGCGCUACAUGGUCUUCUGCAGCUUGUAUGGCAGUUUACUGAUGGUCACCCUGAUGAGUGUGCAGCGCUAUGUACAGGUUCUGUAUUCCCAGUACUGGGUGAGACUGGGUGGGACUGGGGAGAGGGUACUGCUGGUUAGCGUGUGGGUCGUGGCCUGUGUCUUCGCCUCAUAUUCGAUUGUUCAAGGGAAGGUAUUGAGGGAUGACCAAAUUCCACGGUGUGAAAUCGACUACAGCUCAGAUGGGCAGAGAUUGGCUGUAUUGCUCUCUCAGACAUUGCUGGGCUUUGUGAUUCCUUUCUCUGUCAUGGUCACAUCUUACUGCUGCCUUCACAGAAAAGUGAAACAAAGAACCUUCUUCAUAAACCAGAGGAUGAAAAGACUGGUUGUCAGCAUUGUAGUAACCUUCUUCAUAUUCUGGAUUCCAGUACAUGUUGUAAGUGUGAUAGAAAUAUUUUCUAUCUUGCUAAAAUCAUCCCACCCGGCUGCAUCGGCCAAACUGGAGAAGUUUUGCAGUGUCAGCAGCAACAUUCUAGGAUCUUUCAGCUUCAUUAAUAGCUGCAUAAAUCCAUUCCUGUAUGCCUUUGCCUCACGAAACCGUCGUCAGGAUGCAACUCCAUCCAGGAACACGCAGGAUGUCUCCACUAGUAAUCUUUGACUUGUCUGACUUUGCCCUAUUCAUCUUU